AUGCUCUUGGAGCGUCUGGCUGGGCUGAGGAGAGGUCUGAGGGGUCUGGGCUGCACGGAGCGGCUGCCGGGCCCGGGCUGCAAGGAGAAGCCGCGGGGAACCACAGUCUCUGACCCGAGGAGUUCAGUUAAGAAGAUGGCAGUGUUCACCCCAAGAAAGAGGAAGCAGAAUUUUUUGAACUGUGACAGCCUGUUAUCAGAAAUAUCAUCACAGGAAUUAAUUUUGAACCUCACUGAAAGUCUAUUUCCAUCACCUACAAAAAAGUACACUUGUCAGAACGGUGAUAAAAAAGAAGACAGAGAACACUGCUUUCCUCAAGACCAUUUGAUUUCAAGUCCACACAAAACAACUACAAAAAACAGAUUGUCAUCUGUAGAUCACAGCUCACCAUUUAAAUCUGCUGUGUCUACUAUAUCUUUUUACAACAAAGAUAAAUUGUACCUCAAUCCACUGGAGAGAAAGCUGAUAAGAGAUAGUAGAUCUUGUCUGCAGACUAAUGGUGAAGAUAAACCUAUUCCCAUUAUGACUGAAAAAGUGCAGGGAAAACCAGUCUCUAUCAAAAAGAAGACCAAAAAAACACAAAAGAGUUUAACUGUCAAGUGUCAACGCCGUUUUACGCACAUCAAGGAAGUGUCAACAGAUUCUAGAAAUUCCAAGCAAAAUCAAAUGUCAAAUAAACCUGUUGUAAAGAAAGAAUAUAAUUGUUACCUAGCUGAAAGUAAUCCAAAUACUCCUCGGGUUCUAAGCCAAAAGGUAAAACCACAGGUUACACUCCAAGGUGGAGCCGCAUUUUUUAUUACUAGGAAAAAAAUGUCUCUUAAAAAAUUGUCACCAGAAGAUAAACCAUCACUAGGAGUCACAUACAAAAAUAAAACAGAAACAACUGGAGAUUCUGAUUCAGAGGUUAUAUGUAAGAGAAAAACUUUUGUGAAGAAUCAAAUGUCAAAAUGCUCAUUACUAGAAAAGAAUGUUGAACUACAACAUUCAAGAAGUAGGAACAAAGAAGAAUUAAUAAAGGAUUCAUCUGGUGCAGUAGUUUCUUCAAAGGAAUAUAAACUUGAUAAAGAUAACAAUUUUCCUUCAGAGAAUUCUGUUGAAAACAAGACAAUUUCUCCUGAGUCCACUGUCUACCCCAUCUUCAAUGUGUCUUCAGUCAGUGUAAAAAGAUCUACAGCUGAAGAACAGAUUUCUUUGGCAUCCAUGAAUAGUACUAACUUCUUGAAACAGGCUCAGAAAAAUAUGAACAUGAGAGAUACAAAUAAAGAAACAAAAGACCAGCUCAUCAUUGAUGCAGGUCAAAAACAUUUUGGGACUACUAUGUGUAAGUCUUGCGGCAUGAUCUAUUCUGCUGCCAACCCUGAAGAUGAACUGCAACAUGCCCAAUACCACCAGAGAUUCCUGGAGGGAGUUAAGUAUGUGGGCUGGAAAAAAGAGAGAGUGGUUGCGGAGUUUUGGGAUGGAAAGAUUGUGUUGAUCCUGCCUCAUGAUCCAAGUUACGCUCUGAGAAAGGUAGAAGAUGUAAAAGAACUUGUGGAUCAUGAGUUGGGUUUCCAGCAAGUCAUUCCCAAAUGUUCAAACAAAACUAAAACUUUUCUCUUUGUAUCUGAUGAAAAGAGAGUAGUUGGCUGUUUAAUUGCAGAACCUAUCAAACAGGCCUUCCGAGUCUUGUCUGAACCAUCUGGCCCAGAAUCUUCAAACUCUAAAGAAAGUUCUAGAGCUUGGCAGUGUUCAAAUGUACCAGAACCCGCAGUCUGUGGGAUAAGCAGAAUCUGGGUUUUCAGACUGAAAAGAAGAAAGCGCAUUGCAAGACGACUGGUAGACACUGUCAGGAAUUGCUUCAUGUUUGGCUGUUUUCUCAGCACUAACGAAAUAGCAUUUUCUGACCCAACACCAGAUGGCAAGUUAUUUGCAACCAAGUACUGUAACACCCCUAACUUCCUUGUAUACAAUUUUAAUAGUUAAAGCCAAUUUUAAUGAUAUAAACAAUUGAGACAUGUAUCCCCACCAGACUUUGUACCUUGAGUUAGAAAGUCAGAAUACAUUCCCUGGAAACCAUCUAACCUUCCCAGAAAGAGAAAAGUGCCUAGAUAAUACUGAAUAGCACUCAGGUUCUUUAUUAUGAACCAUUAUAGCUGUAAGUAGAAAUUACUUGCUUCCUGUAUUCAAGCAUUGACCAAGAUAAUUUCUACAGAAACAAGGCUGACUUGUCCUUUGAGAACUGUUAAACUUUUAGGCUUCCAAUAUCUCUUGCCCAUCAGAAGCCGAGAGGAAAAUUAAAUCUAAGUAAGAAUUUACCUAUUUGUUGUCAAGCCAAUUCCUCUCUUUCCUGAUAUAGAGUUCUUACAUAGGCACAGAUCUAUAGCUAUAUAAUUGAAGGUAUUUAGGGUCUUGAAUUUCUAAUUUAUAGUAAGAUAUGGUAAGGAAUGAGUAAAAUAUUGCAAAUUCACUUAUGUAGAACAGAAUUUGGUAGUUCAAUGUUGUAAUCUUGUUGCAGAUCAAAUUGCCCAAAUGUACACUUGCUUGAAAUUUUAAGUUCUGUUCUGCACUAUUCCAUUCAUUUCUGUCAAAUGAGAAUAUUGGCGUGCUACAUUAGAGUACUUGUCACUGGUCACUGUGGUCAUUAACAGAACCAGAUGCUCCAAUGGAUGAGGUUGCUCGUUGAGAGACUUAACUUGCAAAGCAAAAUGUAUUUGAGCUGUUUUCAUUCUCAGCCAUAUAAUUCAAGGAUUCUUUUUUAGGUUGUAUUACUCUUCAUCUGCCAUCUUUAUUUAAUAGUUAACCUGGUUCCAAAGAGAAUGUGAAAGUGUUAAAAUGUUUGCAAUUAUGCCAAAACAUCCUAAUGCUAUUUUCUGCAUUGUUUUGAAAUUCUUCUAAAUGUUUUAUUCAAAUUUCUAUUAGCUUUAUUUUUUUGGUUGAAUGCUUUUGUGGUAAGAUAAUAAAAAGUAUUCUUAAAAUUG